CCACUGCCAUACCUACAACCACUCACGCGAUAUCGCUUUGCCCGCCUGAUUCUUCCUCAUUGCACCCUCAUUGCAACCUAUUGUCUUCUGCUUUUCUGUCCAUUUGCUGCAUUUUUGAGCGUCCUUCCUAUUUCCUACGUUUCCCGCUUAUAAAUCCUCCUCAACCAUGACGGCCGAGACAAUUAUUCUUUCCACUGGCAACACCAUGCUUCAGCAAGGCGUGGGUGCCGCCGACAAUUCUCACACCGAACUUACAUGGAGCCUACGCGACAACUUCGAGGGUGCAAGGCAGGAAGCCCAGGCUCAAUCUCAAGAGACGGUCAAACAACAUGAUGCCUCGCACGACUUCGAUUGGAUCUCAUACUCGGAUGACGGCAAAACCAUGUUCAUACCACGCCUCGACUUUAGCAACAGUUCUCUACACGAAGAGAGGGAACAGUACGAUAUAACCGCAAAGAUCUUCUUCCUUUCAGACGAAGACACGUCUGCAAGAGAAGAACACCUUCGUCAAGCCGUCGACCUUGUCAAGGAGGAACUUCACAUGCCCAAUGUCGACCUCCUGAUUGUCUCAUUCCCUGGUGUCUACUUCGACGAAGAGAGUGAGUGCUGCCCGGACAAGAUCAAGAGUAGAGGAACCAAGGAGUCUUCCCCCGAACCUGUGGACGGUCAGCUUCAGACUUGGAGAUUGGUCGAGAGACUGCACAAGGACGGCCUGGUGCGACGAAUUGGUGUAUCCGAGUUUGGCGCGAACCGACUGGGACCUUUCCUCGAGAAGGCAAGUGUCCAGCCUUCAGUCAACCAGAUCAGUCUACGUGACUGCUGCAGCGUUCCUCAGCCUCUCUCCAGCCUGGCCAAGAGCAAGAGCAUCGAACUGCUUGUCAACAAUGACUCGGUCAACAUUAUGCCUCGCGGUACCAUCAGAUCACUAUUGGACUAUGAAGGAGCCGGUGUUCUCUCGCAAGCCUCGCAAAAGGUUGGUGAGAAGCGAAAGCGUCAAGACAACGGAAAAAAGAUGCAAGGCCAGGUUGUUCCCCAGUGGGUCAUCAAGUACACCGCAGUUGUCAAGAAUCGAGGAGUUGUGGAAAACAAGGGCUACUUUGCCUGCGCCAAGUAUGUCGAAGUCGAAGAGAAGGUCCCUGAGAAUGGUCAUGCCCACUAGGACAAGGCACUGGGCAAGCCUGGAAAGUUCAAACCAGUCAUGGCUCUCUUGAUCGCCUAAGGGCAUCCAGGAUCUUCACGAGUACGGUAAUCGUCAAGUUGGAUCUCGAAGCAUCUCAACAUGCAAGCCUUGAUCACUGCGGUUUCCACAUGGGACGGUUGAGUGGACUUCUUCCUGGACUUUGCAUGGCACAGUGCCAGCGUACCUCAUUCCGCCUGCAACGCAUAGUCUCCUAGUCAGAGACCUUGUUUUAUCCCAUUUUGGACAUGUUAUAGCACGUCAGACUGCCGGCGUACUCGACCAUGGCAGUUUCCGAGAGCCGAGCUUCUUGGAAAGCAUUCUUGAGCAGACCCAUCUCAAUCUGCAUUCAUCCAAUUGGUAAUGAUUAAUGCCUCACUGUCAAUAUUGAACGAAGCUACGUAUGCAAAAGCAUUCUAUUUCUGGUGUUC